AUGUCACCUACAUUCGCCCUUCCAUCCACAUCCGCAUCCGCGCUGCAAAUCCCAGUCAUCGUUAUUGAUACCUGUAUCGUGGGUGCAGAUUUUGACAGUUACUCUUAUUCUUCUUUUACUCCUUCGCGCUCGUCUCCCUCUCAGUUUUUCUCGUCGUCGUCUCCUUUAUCUCCGCAAUGCUCUUCCGUCUCGAAGUUUCUGAGGAUUCCGCGUUGUGUGAGGAUGGGUUCUCCUUCGACUAGACAUCUGAGAGGAAAUCGGUGGAUUGAGAUGGAGGGAGUGGGGGUGAGGCAGUGGGGGCUAGGGAUGUCGAGGACCCCGAGGAAUAGUCCGGUGUCGGCGGGUGCGUGGGGAGGUGGUUUGGGGGGGCUGGAUUUUGGAAAGGGGGGUUGGGGGGUGGGGUGGAAUUCGUUGGCUUUUAGUGAGGGUGAGGGUGGAGGUGAAGGGAUUGGAAGGGGAAAGGGAGAGUUGGGGAUGAAGAUGAAGAUGAGUCCGGUUGCACCGCCGAAUACACCGUGUUCGCCUUUGGAUUUGGGUUUGGGUUUGAGACGGUUGGAGAGGGGUUCGAUGGAUGAGGAUGGAGAGGGAGAGGGAGAAGAGUGUGAGGUUUUGAUUUUGAGUGAGAGUGAGAGUGAGAGUGAGAAUGAGAAUGAGAAUGAAAACGAAACUGGGGACUCUAUAGAUAUUUUUCGUGAUACUACAGGAUAUUCGACAAGCGGGCGUGGGUUUGGACAUCUUCCGCAAAUAGUGGUGGGGUGUGAAGAGGGGGGGUAG